AUCUAAAGGAGAACUUCAAUACAAAAAAUGAAGUUGUAACAAAGCUCUCGAUUGGAUAACUACAUGCCAGCUGAUAUCCGUUAAAUCGCCAUAUAUUUUAAAGUGGAGUACACCAGAUGCUCCUUUGGCACGGAAUAACCUAAGAACUUGCGACUAAAAACAAGAGAAGUAUCGGACGCGUCGGAGCAUCAGACGGCGCGGGUGUCGGGGAAGCGGCAAACAGCGGCAAUUUGUUGCGUGUUUGUUGGAACUUGGAGCGCGUUGCAAGCAAGUUCCGAUGCCACGAAGGAUUAGCGAGCUCGUCACAUUGAAAGGAAUAUCCGAGGUCGAACAUUUAAUAGCUACCACAGCACCUGUUAGACUUAUAAGCGACUUGUAAGUGAAAUUGUUUGGUGUGCUUGGUGUCCGACAAUAUUGAAAGCUCACCCAGCAACCUAUUUCGCUGUGCCAAUAGGAAUGACAGAUGUGUUUGGUGCGACACCUGAAGAUCUUCAAAAGAAAGUUUAUUUUCUUUUAGAGCAAUUACAGUCAAUGGCCAGAGAACUGCCUCCAAAAUACCAGCAACGAAUACCUUGUGAACUUCUGUCUGGUUUGGCAAAUUGUUUGUUGAAUGAUACAGUAUUUGAAAUAGUUAAAGGAUUGAUGGAAAUACAACAUGUAACAGAAAAACAUCUAUUUCAACAAAGAUUACAAAUUAUAAAUCGCCAGAAGAUGGAAAUGCAAGAUGUUUUUCAUCAUACAACUGAAGAAGACAUUCGUAAAAAACAACAUGCUUUACUGCAAUUAAAACACACUGAAGAGCUUAAACAAACUGAUAUGAAAUUGGUGCUUCAGUUGGAUCAGAAGGUUAGUGAUCAGCAAGUAGUUCUUGAAAAAGCAGGAGUUCCUGGCUUCUAUGUUACCAAUAAUCCACUUGAAGUACAAGUACAAAUGCAUUUGCUGGAUUUUAUCCUGCGACUUAGCAAAAUGCGUAUGCCAGCGUGAACUAUUUGAGUAGCAUAUUUCAAUCAUUGGUGAUUCUAAUAGUAUUUAGAACAUCUAUAACAUUUACUUAAUUGCCACUUGAGAAGAAUGAAAUAAUGUUGUGUACAAAUAUGACUAUUUGUAGUGUUGAAAUGAGUGAAAGUAAAUUCUUUUCAACAAAAGGAUAAUUAGUAAAUUUCAGUUGUCAUUAAUAAUCUAUUUAAUUGUAAAUUUUAUACAGAAGAUGGAAUUCAUAAAGAAACAUUAAGGUAAUACAAGGUAUUGGCAAGGCUUAUUGUACCACUGACCUCAUUUCAGGUAUAUUGUAUCCUGUUUGAAAAUUUUGGGUUUGUAGAUAGUUAUCCAAAGGAACCUUGAAAAGAUUGAAAAUAUAUCUCCAAGUGGUUAUAUUAUCUCUUACUCUGUUCACCAAACUCGGUACCAGAAGGCCAUGAACGUAGCAUGCAGUUGUUUUUUUGGGAUCUCAGUUUUGACUUAAAGAUCACUGUAUCUGGUACUGAAGUAUAUCUCCCAUGGAAUAUUAUCCGCUAGUAUUUUCAUUAGGUGGUCAAGGAAUAGAACGAGUGGGAGGACUGAUGGAUUCAUGCAUGCUUCCUGGAGAAAGGGCCCCUGUGAAGAGGAGUAAAAGUUGGAGACGUGAACAUCUGGAAACUUACAGCAGACAUUCUAGGUAUAUAAAUGUGCAAACUGUGAGAGAGGCAGAGCUGAAUGAAACUCAUUCUUCUAGCCAAACACAAAUGGAUUAUUAUGGUUUAAGAUCCACAGAAAAUGUAGCUUGCAACUUCACAUCAGGUAAUAUUGACAGUGUUUCAAUGUAUAGGAAUAGAGAAGCAUUAGAAAAUAAUUCUGAAGGUAGAUCUAUUAGUAAAUACGUUAAAAACAUUAACGAGACCCAAUAUGAGAAUGAUAUUAAACCUGCAAAUUUUGAUGAUCAAGAUCAGAAACCAUCAGUUAAAUUUACAAUAUUAAAGCGAAAUGCUUGUGGAGCAGAUGUAUUGGAAAAUGUCAGAAUGGACACCAAUGUUUCUGAAACAUUACCUCAUCACGUGAAUGAAAAUUCUGGUGUUGAAGACCAAAAUGUAGUAGUAACAAAGCAGGGUAUUAUUCAUUCUUCAUUGAAAGAUUCAUCACUCAACAAUCAAACAAGUCAUUUAAAUAUAACUGCAAAAGAAAAGAACUUGUGUUCACCAAGAAGUGAGAAUUUUCAUCCUGUUCUUGGUAGUGACAUUUCCACCUGUGGUCUGGCAGUAAAUGAUGAAAGCAAUGAAUCUGAAUUGUCUGUUGUCCAUUGUGAAGAUGAAUGCAAGACUGAUAACAACAAUGCUGAAUUUUUAUACGUUGAUUUAAAGUGUUCUUUAUCUGGAAAAGGCAUACUAGAUCCUCGACUUGAAUCUAAAGUGCACUCUGGGAGUCUUGAAUUAAAUGAUAAGCAUAACAGUAAUUACAGAAUAUCAAGUAAUUGUGCAAAUUCCAAUAAUUGCAAUUGUAUCCAUCAAUAUUUGCUAAGUAAUGGAUUAAUUGGGUAUUUAAUUACAUCUAAUUUCCAUUUUCACAUUAUGACUAUCCCACACUGCAACAUUUUACAACAAAAUACGAAAGCGAACAUUGAUGAACAAGAUGACGAAGACAUACUUCUUAAUGUUUGUCAAGUUAAGCAGAAAUUAACACUAAAAUCAAAAUUACGAGACAUUAAUAAUAAUAACAAUGUCAUAUACAAGAGACCUGAUGAGAGGCAUUUCACUGCUCUAGACUCCAGUCUGAAACGAAACACUGCAUUUGUUAGAAGGCUACGAUUAUUCACAGGAAGCCAGUUACCAAAACUUCUUGAAGACAUGGCUACAUUGAAUUUAACCAAAUAUUUAAGUGAGAUUGCCUCUGCUAUUGUUGAGUGUAAAUUAAAAAUGUCAGAUGUAUGGGCAGCGGUGCAAAUUUGUUGUGCUUUUCAUCAACUGUAUGCAGAUUUUGCUUCACAUUUGCUAGAGAAUUGGCAUAAAGUUCUUACUAUUAAAAAGGAUGAUCCUAUAUCCAAUGCUGCAAAACUUAGAGUUGACUUGCGCUUUUAUGCUGAAUUAAUCACAGUUGGAAUUUUUACACCACAAGAAGGACUUCCUAUUUUGGGUAAUGCCUUAACAAUGCUUACGUAUUGGGAUAAAGAUCAUUACAAUGUCAAAAUUAUUCUAAGUUUUUGUCGUCAUUGUGGUCUUGAAUAUGCCCAUUUAAUAUCGCAGAAAGUGAGGUUGCUUUCUGAAAAAUACAAUAUACCUGUUCCGACUAGCAAUUUUCUUUCAAAUACAAAAAUGCAUUCUGUUAAGUCUUUGAUCAAAGAUUAUUAUGAAUCUCUAAAUAAGCAUCUAGUUAAAGACUAUUUGACAAUGAGAGACUUUAUAAAACAGAAUACACGAAUCCUUCAAACCAAAGGUGAACUCAGUGUGAAACGGAAGGAGAAACUAGAGUGUCUGCAGACUUCUCUGAAGAGACUUCUGGAUGGGGCAAUGCAAUUAGCUGAUAUUCUCGAUGAAGAAGCCCCCCAAUUACCACCUGAUACUUUGUCAGAAAAUGAAGGGAUAUCUGUCUGUGAAACAAAUGACUACGAAAUCAAUGAAGGAGAAACAUUUUGGGAAGAUGAAGACACUAGAAUGUUUUAUGAAUGCUUACCAAGUAUGAAAGAUUUUGUUCCAGUGAAGAACAAUAAUUCUGUUGUGGGGGAAGAAAUGCAAGAUAUCAGUUCUCAACAAGAUGAUUCAUUUGAAGAUAAUGGUGAUGAUGCUGAUAGUGAGAUAGACAAUUUGGAUAUGAAUGUUGAAAUUGAAUUGGAAGAACAAGAGGAUGAGGAGAAUGAGGACGAGGAAAUAGAAGAAGAAGAAACUGAAACAACAAAUACUAGCAAUAAGAUGCUAAUGGAAAUAUUUUUAAAAUCGCUUCCUAACUGCAUUUCAAAGGAACUCAUUGAUAAAGUUGCUAUUGAGUUUGUUAAAAAACUUGAUACAAAACCAAAUCGAAAAAAGCUCAUUAAAUCAUUGUUUACUGUCCCAAGAACACGACCUGAUUUAUUACCUUUUUAUGCACGAUUUGUGGCUGCAGUACAUCCUGUUAUUCCUGAUGUUGCAACUGAAUUGGGAAAAAUGCUCAAGCAAGAAUUUAGGUAUCAUAUUCGUAAGAAAGAUCAACUUAAUAUUGAAUCUAAAAUUAAAAUUGUACGAUUUAUUGCAGAACUAGUGAAAUUCAAUAUGUAUGGAAGAAAUGAUGCUUUACAGUGUUUACGAAUUCUAGUUCAAGAUUUCAGUCACCAUCACAUUGACAUGUGUUGUAGUCUAGUUGAAGGUUGUGGAAAAUUUUUAUCCAGAUUUGAUGAUAGUCGUUUUCGGUUACAUCAUUAUUUAGAUCAAAUAAUGAGAAAGAAAACAGUGAUUCCUUUAAAUUCACGUUAUGUUACUAUGAUAGAAAAUGCUUAUUAUCAAGUAAAUCCCCCUGAAAUAGAACAUAAAAUACAUGAAGAUCGUCCUCCUGAGCAUGAAUUUAUUCGUAAUUUAGUUUAUCAUGAAAUGACGAGAUCUAAUGUAGAUGAUGUUCUUAAUAUGAUACUUAAGAUUAAUUGGGAUGAUCCAGUUACUGCAUCGUAUGCAGUCAAAUGUUUAACAAGAGCUUAUAAAGUUAAAUAUUUCAACAUAUCUUGUUUAGCAAGUUUAACAUCAGGCAUAGCCCUUCAGCAAGAGAUGGAAGGAAUCCAAGUAGUUGAUAGUGUUCUUGAGGAUAUUCAGCUGGGUAUGGAGCUUAAUCUUCAAGAGCACUGUCAAAGACGAGUGGCAAUGAUAAAGUAUCUAGGCGAGUUGUACAAUUACCGUAUGGUAGAAAAUACCAACAUUUUCAAAGCUUUGUAUUCUCUCAUCACUUUUGGUGUCACAUGGAAUAAUGAAUUAUAUUCUCCCAUAGAUCCUCCAGAAAGUUUAUUUCGUAUUAGGUUGGUUUGCACAUUAUUAAACACUUGUGGGGAAUAUUUUAGUACAGGUUCAAGUAAGCGAAAAUUAGAUGAAUACUUAACAUUUUUUCAGUAUUAUUUUUGGUUUAAAUUUUCACAACCUUGUUGGAAAUCUGAUUAUCCAUUCCCUUAUGAUGUACAAUACAUGUAUGAAGAUAUUGUAAAGCGCCUUCGCCCAAAAGUAAGAUUAUUUCUUUCAUUAGAAGAAGCACAAAAUGCUGCAAAAAAAAUAUGCAUGGAAUAUGAAAAGCUCAAUUUUCCUACAAGUGAUUCUGAAACGAGUAGUGUUACUUAUAGUGAAGACUUGGAUAAAAAAAAUAUCUAUGACACAUAUGAAGAUGAUAGUGACAAAACUGAUGCUCAACCUUUUAAAGAAGUAAUAAUCUCAAAUGAAAGUGCUACAACAUUCAGUCCCACAAAGAAGAAGUCAUUUGAAACCAUAAAUGCAGGAACUACAAAUACGUCUCUUGAUUCUCAAUCAAACAAUCAUGGAAGCAACGAUGAUCACCUCCAUGACUAUUGGUCUAUGUUACGUCCUAAAUCUCCUGAGGAUCAAGAAUUUCUGAGUGCUUACGAUCGCAUGAUAACGGAAAAUAUUCAGAAUCGACUCAAUGAACCUGUAAAACCACAACGUCUCGACAUUUCUGUCCCAUUGUUUAUUGGAAGUAUCUCAAAAAAGUCUCAUGAAAAGCUGAAAACAGAAGAGAAUCCAGAUGCUGUAGUGAAUUUUGUACUGAUUCUGAGAAAAGGUCAUAAAGCAUUGUACAAAAACAUAGCUGUGCCAGUUAAUUCUGAAAUGGCUGCAAUUCGUCGAUAUAAUGAAGAAGCUGAGAGAGCUGAGAAGGAGUAUGUAAAGCGAUUAACCCUUGAUAUUAAUGAGAGAUUAGAAGAAGAAGAUUAUCAGGAAAUGCUUACUAAACUUCAAAAAUCAACUCCUGGAAAUCAGAAUCGUGACAGGAGGCACAGAUCACAUAAUUUUAAGGAAGUACCUAAUGUUGAUACUAUAUUCAGUCCCAAUAAAAAGUUGAGAUAAUGAAAUUGCUAUCCAACUACGAGAUCACUGUGAAAGGUCUAAUGAAUCUCUCAACCUUGAAUUGUAUAUUAAAAACAUUUAAAAUAGUUCAGCAAGCUAGUAGCAUUUUAAGCAAAUUAAUUUGUGAUGCUACUAGUGGAAAUGAGAUUGCAAAUUUUCUUCGAAACAGGAAACAUUACCGUCCAUUUCUUGAAAGAUGUAAUGUAUGGAUAGGGAUUGAAUACGCCAUUUAUAAGUGAGUGGUAUUUUUAAGUGCCUAAUGGAGUCAGGAUUUAGUAAUGGUUGUGAAAAUCAAGUGCUGAAUUAUUCAUAGGGUGCUAUUUAAUCCCAAAGACAAAUAAGGUGUAAUAUUCAAUUGCAGAAAUGUACGAUGUUUUUUCUACCACUUCAUAUUAGUACCAUGUAUGUUUCAAUUUUAUUAAUCUAGUCCUAAAAAAAUUAUGCAUAGUGUGUAUUUCUGUGGAACUACAGGAAAGAAUAACCAUACUCUUCUUAAACAAGGAGUUGCUUUUCUUUUCACUUGAAUAUUCAUUCUAUAUAUAUAUUAUACCCAAGGCCUUAAGUAUUCCAUUCUCUGAAGUACU